CUAAAUUGUAUAUACCUUACAUGUUAAAUAAAAUAUUUUCUGUAUUUUAAAGGUAGCAGCAAUAUAAUAUUUGAAGCAAUGAGAGAAUCGAAAAUGACAGAUGAAUUCGAGAAGUUUCUCUUGUUAUUUGCAAACCUUCCGGCCCCAGUGCUGGCACUAAUAGUCAUCGUGUUCUGCAAAGUCAUGACUGAGUUUGGGAGUAACGAAACAGUCAUUUACUGCUUGUUGAUACAUAUUGUAAAAGUGAGUGUUAAAGCGGAAGUGAACCCGCUCUAUUUAAUGAUAUGCGCUUCACUAUCUACGUCGUUACCAUUCCACCUCAUAACCGGCACACCCUCAAAUGCCAUGGUAUCAGCUUAUGUGAAUAUACCACCACGGAAAAUGAUGAUCGCUGGCAUUGGACCAUCAAUAGUAGCAAUAUUAACAAAUUUAUUCACUGUUUGUAUUUGGUCUAAAGCGAUUUGGCCAGACAUUGGUGUAUUUCCGGAAUGGUCACAUCCAAAUUAUAUUAAAGAAUUUUAG